AGCUUGGUUCCAAAAAUGCAAAUGGAAUUCACAGAAAAGAAUCACAACAGUUUUAUGAUGCAGGCCCUCAACAAGCAAAGAAAGAACAGGGAGCUUUGUGACGUUGCUCUCAGUGUGGACCAGAACGUCUUUCAUUCUCACAUCUGUGUCUUAGCAGCGGUGUCUUCCCAAGUAAGGAAUCUGGUCUCCAGCAACGAUAUAAAAGCAGACGACGAACUUGUCAUGAUAAUUGACUCCAAGUUCUUGAACUCUGCCUUGGUGGAGGAGUUGCUGAACUACUUUUAUACCGGGAAGAUUGUGAUUACAGAGAAGAAUGUGGAAGACCUUCUGAAGGGAGCCAAGUACUUCAACUCUCAAACCCUGAAAAGCCACUGCUCUGACUUCCUCCAGAAAACACUCAAGAAGAACAACUGUCUCAGGUACCUUCUGUUGGCCACAAAGUAUGACCUAAAAGAGAUAAAAAAUUCAGCCUAUGAUGGCAUCCGAGACAAUUUUGAUUACUGGGCAGGACCACAGGGCAGAGGAGAAUUGAUGAAUUGCCCAUCUUCCAUCUUUGGCAAGCUCCUCAAGGAUGAAAAUCUUCAUGUGCAAAAUGAGGACCAGGUCUUUCUGGUUCUCCUUCAGUGGGUGAAAUAUAGAAAGGCAGAAAGAGAGAAGUUGUUUAAAAAGUAUUUGCGUUACGUACAUUUAUCUGCCGUCUCCACCAAGACACUGCUUGCUGCCUGCCGUGAAGUGUUGCUCUUUACCGACCAUAGUGGCCCACUGGCCCAGAUAGAAAAAAUCUUGAGUGAGCGUAAACAGGGCAAUCCCCACAGUCUGAUGCUGAACCAGAGGAAGGGGGCACUCACGGACUCCGUAGUGAUUCUUGGAGGGCAAAAUCAGCAGGGGAGUUAUAGCAGUGGUGUUUUUGCCUACAUCCUUGGAGAAAAUAUCUGGUUGAAGCUGACAGAAAUGCCUUACAAAGCUGCAGCUCUUAGUGCCACUUCACUGGGUAAAUAUAUUUAUGUCUCUGGGGGAACAAAUGAGCAAAUAAUUGGCCUGAAAACAGCAUGGAAGUAUGACAUGGAUACUAACUCUUGGCUUAAGCUUCCAGACCUGCCCAUAGGUUUAGUCUUCCACACCAUGGUGACUUGUGGGGGAGCUGUCUACUCCAUCGGAGGAAGCACAGCUCCAACAAAAUAUAUCUCAAGUAUCUAUAAGUAUGAUGAAAUCAAAGAGAAGUGGCUUCUCGCUGGGAAAAUGAGCAUACCUAUGGAUGCGACAGCAGUGAUCACCAAGGAGGACAAGAUGAUUUAUAUUGUGACAGGGAGGUGCCUGGAGAAUGGACGUGUCACUCGCGUAGGUAUGCUGGAUUGUUUUGAUACAGAAACCCGGAACAUGGUGCAAUGCAUGACAUUCCCCAUUCAGUUCAACUACAAACCCUUGUUGUCCUUUCCACAGGAGAACAUCUUGAGUGUUCAAAGCCACAAAGAGAGUAUGGAAAUCAGCCUCCAGAAUAUUAAAAUUAAUAGAUCCACAAAACUUGUUCCUUUCUUACCAAACAAUUAUCGGUUGGAUCUCUCACAGGCAGUGUGCCCAGUUGGGAAUAAUGAAGUCUUUGUGUGUGGGGGUCUCAUUUGUCGAGCUGACCAGCGUCCCAGGGAACUUUCCAUCAAUCGACAAACAUACAUGUUAGAUCAAAGCACAGGGGAAUGGAGGUUUUUGGCUCCACCUCCAGAAGCUCUGGAUUCCCCAGCUUGUUGUACAGCUAAGUUGCCAUGUAAAGUGCUCCACAAAACAGUCAUCAACUAA